UUGUAAAGUAUUGUUCCUGGAUGCAUGGAAUUUAUCACGGGAAAUGUUGUUAAUCAGUGACAUGUAAUACGAGAAGUCUGGUAGAAUACACUGUUUAAAUUUACCUUUAAAAACGAGGCUAUAAAUUGUAUAAUUAUAACCACUUAUAUUUCAAUUAACAUUAAUACAUAUGAAAAGCAGGUAACACUGCACAAUUCUCCGUAAAACAGGUAAAUUCUAUAAUCUCUUAUUUUUGGUGAAUUUUACAAUUCCAAGCAUUUUGCCUAUUAAACUCUACAUGCAGCAUCUAGUGAAAAAAAACCUUUGAUGUAUGAUGCCAGGACACAGGGGAUCCAUGAGUGACUGUGGGAGGGCUAGAACCAUAAUUGUGUUAUCUCUAUGCUGUCAAGCAGUUGCUACAGACCAAAAUGUUCACUUAUAAUCGUGAUUGUCUAAUUCAAUGGAACAAAAGCAUGACUCUGUUUUCUGUUUUACAGCUGUCAGUGACAACUACCAUCAAUCCCAGGCAGACACUAGCUAAAUACCAUCGAAAACGCACUUCACAGCUGCUACAACUCUUACCAAUCACACUAUCAAACAAAUGCCUGCAGCUGUUGAGGGGAAAAAAAAAAACACCUUGGGGUCCCUGCAGCUUCAUAAGCCAGCAAGGUUCAACCAUCCUCUCAUCGCCAUUCAGAAUAAAACAGCGAGAAGUUGGAGUGCGAUCAUCAGCCGCAGCAGAAACGAUUUUAAGAGAGGCCUCUUCAACUUUAUAGCCGCCAUGCCUGCCAUAGGCAACUUGGACAACAGGAUAGCAAAUGCACAUCAGCUGCUCACGCAAGAUGUUGAGAGGUUUUGUAACAGCGUGGUGAACCAGUAUUCAAACUUAAGCAAGCUAUUUUUGGAUAUCGUUCUGUAUAUUGUCAAGCUGACAAAUGCUCAGGCUAUAUAGGUUAAGAUCCUUUAACCUGUCCUGGGACCAGCCAGCAUGAUGGCUUACCUACUCGUAGCUGACCUUUUCCUUACACACCUUAGAAGGGGGGGGGUUUGAGCAAAUCGUGUAACAUAGAAAUGCGCUUGAUGAAGGCAUGCACUAAGUAUGCAAUAAAUUGAAUGUGUGUAAAUCCUU